AUUUCGUCGUGAUCGGCUCCUCCUCACAGUGGGCGGUCGUUACUAAGCACAUGUAUAUAUAAGCUCAGUUUGAUCACUUUGAUUAUUUCUCCUACGGUUUCAUUUUCAGCUACCUGCAAAACUUUGACUGAGUUCUCAGGCAACGAUGAACAAUACCUUUUCCCAUAACAUCACUAAGACACAUGUGGGUGGAGCAGAUGACCCUGUGUAUGAUGAAUAUGCUGAGCUGGAAAGGUCUUUCCGCAUCAUGUCUAUCGUUGUUUACACCCUGGACUUUGUUCUUGGUGUGCUUGGGAAUGGAGUGGUUAUCUGGGUGACCGGGUUCAAGAUGAAGAAAACAGUUAACACCAUUUGGUUCCUCAACCUUGCUGUGGCCGACUUCCUCUUCACUGCAUUCAUGCCCCUGAAUGUGACAUACCUGGCUUUGACUUUUCACUGGCCUUUCGGCGAGUUCAUGUGCAAACUGAACAGCACAUUAAACUCUCUGAACCUGUUUGCCAGCGUCUACUUUCUGGUGGUGAUCAGUGUGGACAGAUAUGUGUCCGUGGUGUGGCCCGUCUGGGCCCAGAAUCACAGAAAUGUACGCAAGGCAUCCUGGGUAAGCCUGGGUGUUUGGGUACUGGCUCUGAUCCUCAGCAUUCCAUACUUCGUCUUCAGGGACACUGAAGAAAUUAGUGAAGACCAAACCCUUUGUUUCAACAACUUUGCUUUGUCUGAUGAUUAUGAAACACCUUCAGUGAAUCAGCUGCGACAGUUUCGUCAGCAGGCCAUUACCAUCACCCGCUUCCUGCUGGGAUUUGUUGUCCCCUUCACUGUCAUUGUCUCCUGUUAUGCUGUAAUAAUCCGUCGUCUCAGGAGAAACCGCACCCUGGCCAGCCAGUCCAGUCGUCCCUUUAAGAUCAUUGCUGCUGUUAUCAUCACAUUUUUCCUGUGCUGGGCUCCAUAUCACAUCAUGGCUCUAAUUGAGUUGGCAGCUCACACAGGCACUAAUCAAAGUCGAGUUUUUCAUUAUGCCAUCGUCAUUGGGAUCCCUAUAACUACCAGCCUGGCUUUUCUCAACAGUUGCCUGAACCCACUGCUGUAUGUCUUCAUGGGCCAAGAUUUUAAAGAUAAAGUCCGCAAAUCCAUCCUGAACGUACUGGAGACUGUCUUCCACGACGACCUUUCUGGCACUCACUCUGAUACAAAGUCAACGGACAUCAGUCAGGGCAAAGACAAGCAAGUUCUUGAAAAUAAAGUUUAAGAGCGUCCACAGUAUGAGUUGAAAAUGUACAUUUGAAAUAAUUCUGGCACAAAUGUAAAUAUAUGUAUCAAAUUCAUUUUUUUCUUUUUGUUUUCUUUGCCUUCAUGCAAGAACCCCCAAGCUAAGCUGUAAAAAUGAUUCUAUUUUGAAUCACUGAAACUUUUAAUUUGCAUGAAUUUUACUCUGUGUUUGACCAACUGAUUCUGCUAUCAAAGAAUACCAACUUAUAUGCCUACAUUAUUUAAAAUAAUAAAUUGAUGGUAAUAUUUUGUGUCAAGUCAAAUCAAGUGAAGUCAGUUUUAUUUCUGUAUCCCAAAAUCACAAACCACAAUACAACCUCUAUCCUUAGACCUUCAAAUUUGAGUAAGAAAAAAUUCCUUCUUGCUGUCUGACUCUAGAUAUUACCUGCACAGACCAGACCACUGAAAUCACAGAACAUGUGUCACAUGUCACAUGUUGACAAUUGGCACCUGUGCUAUUUUACAAUAUGUUGUGAUGCCUAGAAUCUAAUUGAUUAUACAGAUCAAGUGGCUACAUGAGACCCAAAUAGUACAGGUUGCUCUUUGACUGAUGCAACAUACCACCUAUUUUGACAAAAGAAACUGCUCAUCAGGCUGUUACAUCAGUUUAUGGUUGAAUUUGUGCAACAUAAGAUUUGGUUGACAAAUGUGACUUUGUGAUUUCUUCACAUACACUCCAGAUUUUGAUUUUGCCUCUCUGUAUGUGGCAGCAAAGAAUAUAAAGAAACUGAACAAAGUUCCAGUUGUUUCUUAGUUGUAAUCAUUCAACUGUAUUAAAUGUAUUAAUUAUAAAGACCAGGACAUCAUCUAACACAUUAAUAAGUGUAGUUUGACAAAAAGCACUCACCUUUCUUGCCAUAGAAUAGACAACUGUGCUGGGUUGGAAACUGUGGGGGAGGGGUUAGUGAUAACAGGAAGUAAAUACAUGUUGUGCAUUGAUCUGAGAAUGCAAUGCAUGAUUUUUCUCCCUGUUUUUCUGUUUAUUUCAGAGCUGACAUUAAAAUUUGUUUUCAUAUCAACUGAUCGGCCAUUUUCUCAUUAUCAUAAUUAUUAAUUAUACAGCCUAUAAAGAAAGUGAAAAUUGUCCUUUCCAAGGUGAUAUCUUCAUAUUCACAUUUUCAAAACUAGAACCAGUCAAGAUCAAUCACUAAUCAAUCUUUCUCUGGAUUAAUUUUCUGUCGAUGGCCUAAUCCAACUGAAACACUUCAGAUACACAUUUAUUCUGUGUACUAUAGGUGACGUAACAUGAACACGAACUCUGGAACUCAGGUUUUUAUUCUAAUGUAAACAAUGUAAAUGACAAUUUAAUUCCUUGUUGUUGUUAUUGUUGUUGAUGUUGUUGGUGGUGGUCAGUCUUCAUGGCCAACUCUACUGAGAGUAAAUAAUUGCUGAUAAUGAUGAUGACUGUUAUGGUGAUUAUUAGUUCCAAUGUUAAAAUGUUAUUGACUGUUUUUCCACUUUAUCUGGUAUAUCUGUAGAUAUGUGUAUCUACAUAUCAGAUAGGCCACACAACUUACUGAAUUUAAUCCCUGAUAACAAUUUGUUACUAACAAGUCACAAGAUGAACACAUACUAUUCUACUGUAAACUGUUUUCUUUAUUACAGACUUUGGCCAGUAGAGAAAGCUGUUUUCCAUGUCAGGAGCUUCUCAGCUGAGGGUGUUCAAUGUCAUUUAAAUGUGUGUUGUGAUGACCCUGAAGAAGAUCUCAAGUUGAAACACAUUGGCCUCAUGAUUAAGUUGUUUUUUAUGCUUAAGUGUUGCCUGAGUUUUUGACCUCGUCAGAUGUUUCUCUUCACCCUGAACCCUGGAAGUAGAUGAAGUUGUGCCAGAAAUCCCAACUCUGCUUUUCACAUCAAAGACAUCACACUUCAGAGGGGAAAUAAACCAAACCACUGGAGCACACACUGAUCUGCAGCCUUUAAUGAUUCAAACAGUACUACAAGUCUGUUUGCGCUAUUAAUGGCUACAAAUCAUUCAGCACAUUCCAGACCUUUUAAGUGUAUUUCUGUCAACUCAGGAAGUGGGUAAAACAUCAGUCAUUUGUUAUGUGUAAAUGUUAUAAGGAAGCUUAUUUUUGUGCCAAAGUCAGUUAUUAUCAGUAGCUUUAACAUUAUGUCUUUAUUGUAAUAAAAUUAUUUGGAUAAUA